AUGUCGGGUAAACCAUAUCAAACACAAAAAGACGAUGUAGUAGUCGCUGUUUUUAACGUAAACCCUUCAAUUACUCACAGAGAAUUGAGUGAUCUUCUUUCUGAAUAUCACCCAGAUAUUAUUUUAGACCCUCGAUACAAUAUCAAAACAGGUCUUGUCUCCUGCCAAAUUAUUUUUAAAACAGCAACGUCUCGAGACGUCUUUGUGCAAAAAACAGACAACACGACAAUUUAUAAGAAACGACUUCAAGUAUCCAAAGGCGAAACCCACACUCAUUACAAUGUCGCAAAACUGAAUUACCAGGGCAUUGCAAUGAGUGACGAACAAACAAUUCGAGCCUUAUGUAAGCCGUACAACCCCGAUGACAUCAAAAUGGAAACACAUAAGGAUGGCGAUUUAAAAGAAAAUAAAUUCACUCUCAUUUUUAAAAACAAAGACAAUGCAACUGAUUUCAUCAAAAACGCAACGGAAUCCCAGUUUGGUGAAACCGCAAAAAUCGUCCAAAUUUCCCCACGCGAAAUUAAAACAAAAAAUAACACAAAUAAAUGUUUUAUAUGCCAAAAGGAGGGACACACCAACAAAAUGUGUCCAACGAAAAUAAUGGAGAAAAUCACAAAGAAAAAAGAAGAAGAAACAAAAAAAGAAAAAGAAAAAGAAAAGGAAGAAAAACUCAGAAAACAAAUCGAAAAACAAUCCGCCGAAAAAAGAGAAAAUGGGCGAAAAAAAAUGUUCAGAAAGUACAAAACCGAUUAUGACGAUCAAGAGAAAAUCAAAGAAAAAAUUCGAAAAAUGGAUUUCUAA